GAGACGCGGAGUGUGAGACCCCCCAUCCGUCUGUGCAUACCGAGGCUUCUUUGGAUUAUCUAAGACGACAUCACGAGAUGAUGCAUAGGCGUCAGGGCGUAAAUCUCCUCUCUUGUCUUGUCCAAUUCUAUAGCUUUUCUAACGGCAAGGAAAGUCGGGCAUUGGAAGUAACCGAGCGGCGCGAUGGUUUGGAAGAGCUGACUUACUGCGCCGCUUUGAAAUCGAAUCUAUCGCUCGAUGAGGCUGGCGUGGCAACGGCUCGAGCGAUUUCCCCGUCUUCACGAGGCUUCCAGGGGCUGGGAGUGGGGAUGCCUCGCAGCUUUGAGAGCGACCCGCCAAUAACGUCGGGCAACGCUUCGAUUCCUCGCGUGAACACGGCGGAAAGUCUGAAAAAUGUGAAUUCGGAUUUUUCAGUAGGCCUCUUUGCGGUGCCCGCGACUUCACUUGAAGACGCGGUCUUUGAAGAGGAUGAGUUCUCGGCGAAACCAACACGUGAGCACGUUUGGCUAGCGUACCGCGCGCUUGCUUGGGGGACUCUUUAUGCCUUUGUGGGUUUUGUUGUCGUGAUCUUGCUGGGGAUGGCGGCGUCUGGUUAUUAUGGUCUCAGUGCUCUUCUUGAAGGGGUGCGCGAGAAGGCGCACCGGGAUGAAAAGCGCUUCUUUCUGUCUGCACAGACCCUGCGCCGUAAUGAAGAUGGUAGUGAGGCAUCGCUUACGUAUACAAUUGAUCUUUCUCAGCCCACGUUUGCUAUACAGCAAAUGAAAGAACUAUGGCAGCUUCUCCAUGAAGAAGCGCUUCAGGAGGGGAACCUGGAUAAAAGGGGUCUGCGCAAGGAAAACUAA